CUUAGAAAACUUGCUCAAAAUCCCGGAAAAACCACUUUUGUAACCAAAAGCAAUACAGAUUCUGGAAGUAGACACUUCAGGCUAUCUUUUCAUGUGCGUAUCUCAAAACCGAUUUUUUGACCGAAAACCACCAUUUCUGAGGGGGGGCCCUUAAUGCACUUUUUGUAGUUCAGACUUAGCUCUUACAAACAAAGAAAAAGCAAAGUCUCCAAAAUAUUGGGAGCAUGGAGAAGAGAAGUGACUAUCGAUAUUUAAUGCAAAACUUUCCAAUCAUCAAUUAUUAUCAAGAACUUUUGAUCACUGUUCAUUCAUUGUUGAUAUUUUAUGCUUUUAUGUGUCUACUCAUAAUAUUAAUAUUUUGAAUGAUCGGCGAUUCUCCUUUCUUCUCAUUAUCGUCACCAUUAGUUAAUUGAAGAUGCUAUAUUGCAUACUAUCUUAUUCAUAUAAAAUUAUUAAAUAAAUCUAAGCCCUUCUGUUCAAAAUUAACAUAAUUUGGGUGUCAUUUUACCUCAUAUCAUCGCACUUUAUCUUCGUAUUUCUCGAAUAAAAGUUCGAGAUUUAUCGAUACUAAUAUCAUGGUCAACUAAUUUUUCUUGUACAUACAGAAUAUCGAGUUUCAUUUUAGAUAUCUAUUCCCAAGGUCAAAGUAUUGAGACGAUGUUCAAAAUCUUGUCGAAUCAAUUGUUUCUAAAUUUUAUUCUACGUGUUGUUAAUCCCAUAUACAAACUGUGUCGAUAAUGACAUUGAACGAGUAGAAAGUGGUUAAAGUAUAUCAGUUAUCGAAAUGUUUUUAAGAAAUGAUUAAUUACAGAAGGACACGAAGGGGCUAUAUUGAUUAUAGUUAACACAAAACAAACAUGAGCGCCACCAAACAGAUGAAGUUUGUGGUUGCUACGCCGAAAAGAAUUCGAUAAUAUUUGACAUUUUUGAUGUUUUAAUUAACGAAUUUUAUGUUUAUUCAGUUUUUUUAACCAGUAAAUAAUCAUUAAUCAAUUGGUAUUGAAGAAAAACAUCAUGGCUGAAACAGUUUAUAAUUCGAGUAAGCGAUAUGUGUUUUAGCAACAAUAAACUUUAUUAAAAUUAUAUUUUUAGACGAUCAUUAUUCAAGAAUAUGUUUCAAUCAGAAUACUCGAACCACUUCUCGCCGACAUUCACGUACAAACUCUUUUCCUUCUACCGCAUGUAGUAAUCAAGAACAUAAAAAACGUAAACCUGUCAAUGAAAUAGAGUUACAUAGUAUACAUAGUUCGGAUGAGAGACGUUCGGUGAAUGGUGGAAAAAAACACCGAACGAGUAAUAUUGAGAAAAAAACGGAAUUUGAUGAUGCUAAGCUAUACAAACAGAUUUCAAAAUCAUUAUUGAAAAAUAAUCAUCGUCGAGCCGAACUAUCGUGUCCUGAUGGAAUUUUUAUACGUCAUUCAACUAUACCUGAAGCGGGCAAGGGUGUUUUUGCAUCAAAAAAAUUUGAAAAAAAUACCUACUUUGGACCAUAUUUGGGUGUGAGACAUUCUAAUUUUAAAACGGCACAACAAUCGGGCUACGCUUGGUCAAUUGUCGAUAAACUUGGCGAAAUGGUUUAUCUCAUUGAUGCGUAUGAAACUAGCACUUCCAACUGGAUGAGAUAUGUUAACUGCCCCAAUUUACCGGAAGCACAAAAUUUGCAGCCAGUACAAUAUGAUCGUAACAUGUUUUAUAAAACAAUUCGAACGAUUUUUCCUGGUGAAGAACUUUUUGUCUACUAUGGAGAUGGAUAUGCACGAUAUUUGGGAGUACCUGUCUUUAGUGAAGUUCAAAGUACAGAAAGAGAUGAAAUCGAAGCAAUAGAAUAA